UGCCUCAUUUCCUGGAAGGGAGCAGCCACUCGAACCUUGCCUCCCGCUUGAGCUGAAGCCCCACUCAGCCCAGCAUGGCCAACGAGCUGAUCCUUCAGCUACUUACAGUCUGGUCACUGUGUCACGCGAACAUCAUUCCAACUGUCCCCCCAGAUUUACUUCCCAAGCCAUGGCUGGGCAUCCAGCCAGCCACCAUUGUGAGCCCAGGGACCAACGUAACCUUGAGCUGCCAGGCACCGCAGCCCGCCUGGACGUUUGCACUCUUCAGAGCCGGAGAGGCGACUCUGCUCCAGAAUGCGUCUGAGGAGUUCUUCCUGGAGGAGGUGACCCCAGCCCAGGGGGGCGGCUACCACUGCCGCUACCAGGCUCCGGGCUGGGGGCUGGGCGUGUGGUCCCCACCCAGCAAUGCCCUGGAGCUGCUGGUGCUCGACCAGCUGCCCAGGCCAUCGCUGGUGGCGCUGCCUGGGCCGGUGGUGGCACCCGGAGCCAACGUGAGCCUGCGCUGUGCCGGUAGCCUGGGUGGCAUGAGCUUCGCGCUGUACCGCGUGGGCCUGCCCACCCCUCUCAGCUACAGCCACUCUGAGCAGCACUGGGCCGACUUCCCACUGCCCAGCACCCACGCCCCUGGCACCUACGUCUGUUACUACCACACGCCCUCUGCCCCCUAUGUACUGUCUCAGCGCAGCCAUCCCCUGGUCAUCAGGCCCGAUGGCUCCCGGAACUACACGCAGGGGAACGCGGCCCGCUUGGGAAUGGCCGGCUUGGUCCUUCUCAGCCUGGGCACGCUGGGCAUGUGGGAGUGGCGAGGCCGGAGCCGUCCCCCUCGGCCUCGGUCUGAGCCCCGGGCUGGGAGCCCCUCUGGACUGGACGUGGACACCACGGUGUGAGCGCGCUUGCUGUGGAUGGGGUGGACGAGCCAGCGUGGGCAGCCCCUGGGGCCACACAGGCCUGGCCGGAGGCCGCAGCCCUGCGUGUCCAGCGCCGAGAGGACAGCCGGACAGCUGCUUGGAGGGGCCAGUUCCGGCAGGACCCUGAAGGUGUCUGCGUGCACGUGGCGCUGGCACCUGCACUGUGCGGC